AUGAUUUUCUACUCGUUUUUCAAGACGCUGGUCGGCAAAGAAGUGGCUGUAGAGCUCAAGAACGACGUGGCGCUAAUGGGUGUCCUUGACUCAGUUGACCAAUAUCUGAAUAUUAAAUUACUUAAUGUGUCGGUCGUAGAAGGCGAUAAAUUUCCACAACUGAUGAAUAUGAAGAACUGCUUUAUUCGAGGAAGUUCCAUCCGUUACGUCCAGAUCCCUGCAGGUGAAGUAGACACGGAAUUAUUGCAGGACGCAGCACGUCGUGAAGCCACUGCCAAUAAGCAGAGCUAA